UCGUUUAUGAUCGUGCGACACAAAUCUCGAAUGGGCUGAACCGUUUUGUUUCGGUUUAGAAUAUCCUUGUUUUCCAUGAAAACGUGAAAGUUUGCAGAAUUUUGUGUUAUACUUUGUUUCCGUGACGUUAAGUUGAUUUGAGAGCGGGCACAGCAUUUUGUAAGGUUAGUUUUAGCUCCCUGGUUAGCGUAGGAGUGUGGAAUCCAACUUUGCCCUUUCCACAGCCACCUUGGCUUUGGAGUUGCCUGCUAUCGCUUUCUGCCUUGUGUGGCUGCGACGAGACGGUGUCACCUCCUGACAGUGGGAUUCCGCAUGCAUCAUGGACCCAGCGAAGGACUGAUCGAUGAAAAGCAACAAAUGUUCUUGGCGACAUCUUGCGCCUUCCCUCUGAGAGCUGUUUUUGUUUGCAUCCACAUUUUGGAGAGGAGCAACUUCACUGAACCAACACGAUGUUGGAAGGUCUUGUUGCCUGGGUGCUAAACACAUACUUGGGAAAAUAUGUCAGUAACUUGAACACAGAUCAGCUCUCCAUAGCUCUACUCAAAGGUGCAGUUGAAUUGGAGAACCUACCUCUGAGGAAAGAUGCCCUCAAAGAGUUUGACCUGCCCUUUGAGGUCAAAACAGGCUUCAUUGGAAAGAUUACGCUCCAGAUUCCGUUCUACCGUCCUCACAGUGACCCCUGGGUCAUCUCAAUGUCCCAGCUCAACCUCAUUAUUGGUCCUUCCCAUUUGCGGGAGUAUGAUGAUGAGAAGGAGAAAGAGGAGCAGAGGGAGCGUAAGAAAUAUCUCCUCAAGACUCUUGAAGAAAAAUUCAAAAGUGAGUGUGAACAAAAAGGAGAGUCUUACUGGUACUCUGUCACUGCAUCGGUGGUUACAAGGAUUGUGGAAAACAUUGAGCUGAACAUCCAAGAUGUGCACCUGAGAUUUGAAGAUGACACCUGCAAUCCAGAGAAGCCCUUCUCCUUUGGAGUAUGCGUCAAUAAUAUUUCUGCUCAGAAUCCCUCCAAAGAUACGGCUUUAAAUCCAUUUCGACAGAAGCAGCUGGAGAUUGAAGAUUUUAGAGUCUACUGGGAUACAGAAUGUGAAAUGCUGGCAAAACUCCCCGUUAAUCAGAUCCAGGAAGCGAUGACCCAAUGUAUGAAGACGUGGGAACACCACUAUAUCUUUGAGCCUGUGUGUGCCUCCGUACUGCUCAGACGAAAUGCCUCCAAAGAGCCUCUGAGGUUCCGACACACCCCACGGAUUCAAGGCCACGUUCAGCUAGAGACCAUGUCCUUACGCUUAUCUCAGAUCCAAUACCAACAGAUCAUGGCCUUCCUUAAAGAGCUAUAUCGCCGCGAAAGGGAAAUGCUUUACCGAAAAUGGAGACCUAACUGCCCCAUCUCUGGAAACUGCAGACAAUGGUGGUUGUUUGCCAUGGAGGCAAACCUAAGUGAAAUAAGGGAGCAGCGGCGUAGGGGAAGCUGGACCUUUGCCCUCCAGCGGGCACGGGAUCUCCAGAUUUACACCAGUCUCUACUUCCAAAAACUCAAAGGAGUACCACUAAGUCCCCAAGAAGAGAGUGAGAUUGAGCGAGUAGAGGAAGUGCAGACCUUGGAAGAGCUACAGGGUCUCAGAGAAAUCGUCCAUGACUGGUUUCGAAAACAGGAAGAGAUUGUUGAGAAUCUCCGAGAGACCAGCAGUGAACACCAGUCUUCUUUACCCACACCAUCAAUCCCCAAGAGUGGAAGCUCUGGUAUGAUCCAGUACCUGCAGUCUUGGUUUCCAGGUUGGGGUGGCUGGUAUGGAGAGUCUCUGGACUCAGACAGAGGUCCCGAGGUCCUUCUGCCAAGCCCUUCUUCUUGGGAUAUUCUGGCCGAAACAGAUCCUUUGUUUGACCCCAUGGAAGACUCCCACACUCUGAACACAUUUACAAGGCGAGAUUACCUGUUUGCUCGGCUGGAGUUCUUACUAGAGAAAGGUGUUGUUACUCUCUUUCAUCAAGACUCUAAAGACAAGAUGCCACACAAGAGUGGAGUCAUCCAGCUAGAGGUUUCUGAAGUGAAAGUGGUUGUGGAGUCUUUGCCUCGCUCAGAGUCUUCUCUACUGUCUGUAAAGUUGGAUGGUUUGUUUCUCAGAGACUUGACCACCCAUGACACUAUCUUCCCUGUACUGGUGUCUCCAAAAACGGACAAGGUUGUCAUUGCUGUUAAUCAUACAUCCGGGCAGACUAGCAGCAUGCCCGGAAGUUCAAAUGCAGAGACCUUUUCAUCACCAGUGUUUGAAAUGCUUUAUGAGCGUAACCCUGUAAGGUCUAAAUUUGAAAGAAGACUUGAAGUGAAAACUAGCCCACUGAACAUUAUCUACAACCCGCAAGCAAUCAAGAAAGUGACAGAAUUCUUCUACAAAGGACGGGUCCAUUCUUCUGGUUUUGGCUAUCAGUCCGAGCUAGAGCUGAAAGUGGCAGAGGCUGCUAGGAGAAAGUAUGACAAGUUAAAAAGGCAGACAAAAGCAGAAAUCCGACAAACUAUUGAUCAGCUGCUUGUUGGGGAAUUUAUUGAAAACAGUAAGCGUUGGACUAUGAAACUGGACAUCUGUGCCCCACAGAUCAUUUUCCCUGAUGAUUUCCAGUCAGCGGAUCCAAUGUUAGUUAUUGUGGAUUUAGGCAGGGUGUUGCUCACUAACUCUCAAGAUGACUCAAAAGACUGCAAAAGUACACAACCUGAAAGGGAAGACCUAAGUGAUGAGGAGUAUCAGACACCCUUGGCAACUCCACCAGAGGAGUCGCCACCUGAGCUUGACAUGCCCCUGAAAGACUGGUCAAGAUGUCCUGAGCUUCCCAGCCUCAGAACACCUGAAAAUACAAAGGCCUACAGUAGAAAGCUUUAUGAAAGAUACUCCUUGUCCUUUAAGGAUUUGCAGAUAAUGGUCGGUCGCUACAAGGACAAUUGGAAAAACCUUCAAGAGAGUGAAGUAGGACCGACUCAUGUGGUCGAGAAAUUUAAUGUGUUGCUGCAGCUGGAACAGAGAUUGCGCUAUACGUCAGAUCCCCAGCUCCCAGGGGCUGUGCUGUCAGGAACCCUUCCUGAUCUAAAAGUCCAUAUUAACCUAGAGAAAAUGACAGCUUUAAGGAGCUGUCUGGCUAGGCUCAGCAGUCCAGCUGGGAAUGGAGACAAAGGCCAGGAUAAAGGGUCAAAAUCUCCUGACCCUCUUACUCUCCGCCAUGAAAAAAUCUUUCAAAGAGAGGACAGCUCAUGGAAGAUCCAAGGUUCAGCUAAGAACUUAACACAAAGUGUCACAACUUUAGAGCAGCACACAAGGGAAGUCUUGGUGGAAUCCCGUCUACUGUUGGCUGAAUUCAAAAUAAACUAUAUGCAGCUUGGUGUAGAGAGUGAUGGCCGGUACAUAUCUGUUCUCAAGGUAUUUGGCACAAAUGCCCAUUUUGUCAAGCGACCAUAUGAUGCAGAAGUCUCUCUUACUGUUCACGGUCUUCUUCUCGUUGACACCCUCCAAACCUUUGGUUCAGACUUUGACCUUUUAGUGUCAUCUCACAAAAAUCUCAGUUUUGACAUCCCCACUGGCAGUCUUCAAGAGAGCCAGCCAUCUUCCCCAAUGUCAUAUGAGAGCAGAUCUUCAGAGCAACAAAGUCAUCACACUGAGUCAUCUUCAGGUUUGCGCACUGAUAAACUCACUUCCCUUAGUUCCUGCCUCAAGGAUCAAGAAGCCCUAAUCAAACUUGAGUACCAGUUUGUGAGCUCAGAUUGCCCUUCCAUGAACCUGGACAGCUCCCUUCAGGUAAUAAGCAUGCAAGUCAAUAACCUGGAUAUUAUUCUAAACCCUGAAACCAUGGUGGAACUGUUGAAAUUCAUUCAAAAGUCUUUCCCGAAAUCAGAAAACAAUUGGACAUCAUCAUUGCAGCAACCUACAACACAACUCUAUACUGAGGAAGAAGAUGGCACUUUUCAGUCAACAUAUGACCAGAACAAGGAGCUAACUGUAGAAAUUCAUCGACUUAACCUCCUUCUCCUUCGAACUGUGUCCACGGGCACUGUCUUGGGUGCUGAGAAGAAAGGUUUGAAGAUUGCCACUGCCAGCAUCACUGGCACCAAGGUUAAUGUUUCCAUCGGUAGUCGAAUGGAUAUUAAUGGGUCACUCGGUGCCAUUCACUUGGUAGACUUGACCCAGGAAGGAGGCCGAAGCCAAUUUGUAGUCAGCAUUGGGAAUCCAGAAGACUCUUUAACUGAUGAAGUUCUAUUUUUACUGACUGACAAAAAGAUGUCUCCUUCAGAAGCUUUGAAUUUUCGCCUGCUAGAGAAUUUCCACGGGGACUGCACUUUACAUUUGCAUAUGGCAUCCUUGCAUUACAACCACUCAGCCAAGUUCUUGAUGGAGCUGAGUCUUUCUGCUAAUGAGGUAGAGGAUAAUUUUCGCUCAAUGUUGAAAAGUGCUGCCACCAAAGUGUCAACAGUUCUUGCUACAAAGACAGCAGAGUACAGUGGUAUGUUUUCACUCUUUGAGACUCCCUCACGAAGAAGCCGAACUCAGAGUUGGUCUUAUCUAUUGGAAAAUGAAGAGGAUAUUCACAUGGAGGAAACUGAACCUACAUUAGACACAUUCUUUGUAAAGUUGACUCUAAAUAUAAAUAUUGAAUCACCAGUAGUGUCCAUUCCUCGCAAACCUGGACACCCUGAACUGCUUGUGGGUCACUUGGGUAGUAUAACUAUUCAGAAUUUUAUUACUGCCCAACAAUCUGAAGGGGAGAGACUGCAGGUGCUUGUCAAGGAUAUUCGGUUGUACUCCCUAAACACAAGUCAUCUGGUUUUGAAGAAAAUGCAAAGAGUGGAAAAAAAUGGGGGCAUUUCACCCUCUCAUAACAGAAGCAUCAGUUGUGAUGAACCCCAGUUCACACGUCAUGACUUCUUUGAAUACCUCAGUCAAGGAAAAGCCUUCCAUAUAUUAAAAGAGACAACCAUACAGUUUACCGUGGAGAAGGUCCCCAUCAAUGAUGAUAUAUAUGCUUUCCUCACCUCCAAAGACCCAUGGAAGAGCACAGGGUUGUUGAAAGUCGAAGGAAGAUUUGUCACACCUGUUCAGGUGUUCCUUUGCAAGGCUGUGUAUGAACAGGUCCUCCAGACGCUUGAUAAUUUAUUCCUCAUUGAGGAGAAACAUGUCACACCCAGUCAACCUCCAACACCCCCACCACCAACUCCUUCUUCCACUAGGCCCCACCGCUUUCCUGACCCCCACGGAGGACUGUUUGCAAAGGAUCCUCCCUACCUCAGCUUGUCACACUCAUUGCUCUCCUGUCCUUCGCCUCUGCAGUCUCAAAAGCCAUUUCCUGAUUCCCCUGCAUUUACUCAGCUGAAAGUAACUGUUCAUGUAGCAGAAUUGCAAGUCCAAUUGAGUGCUGACCUUACGCAGGGCUCCCAAGGCUUAAUCAGUCUACAGUUCCUUGACCUGGAGGGAGACUUCACCAAAGAGCAUCCAUACGUGUUUGAAGUCCAGUUAAUUCUGCGUUCACUGCUCAUGGAGGAUCUCCUCGAGCAAAAUCCUGAACAUAAACAUCUGAUGGUGUCCCGUGGCGCGCCAAAGCCUUCCACUUUCAGUCCAAAAGAAUACCUCUCUCAUAGCUGUCCAUCGGCAACAAAUGCCCAAUACCCAGAAAUGCCUCGCUCUCUGCCGUCCCACAUGGAAGAGGCCCAAAAUGUCUUCCAACUCUACCAAAGGCAUGCCGGUACUCCUUCAGCAAGUCAUCACAAAGCUAAGAAGGAUCCCGACUGCCCCAGCACUCCACCACCUUCCCCUACUCAUCCUGCAUCUUCCCCUCAACCGACCUCAGAAUUUGAUGAGUCCUUAGUUCACAUCAACGUGUUGCUGGUGGAUCAGAAUCACCCAGAGUUCAAAAGCCGUUAUGGCAGUGUGGGACGAAGCAUUGAUAUUGACUUCAACUGCCUGGAUGUAUUGAUCACCUUGCAGACCUGGGUGGUCAUCCUGGAUUUCUUUGGUAUUGGCUCCACAGCCAAUAAUCAUGCAAUGAAGGUGCCCCCUAGUUCCCCUCAGUGUGUGCCAGGACAUCAUCUUUAUGAGCCAGACCUCUCUGAGGAAGACUCAAACGAGGUUGUCAACACAAAAUUGGAUCUCAAGGUUCAUUCCUUGUCUCUUGUAUUGAACAAAGAAGGCAAUGAGCUUGCCAGAGCCACUGUGAUAAAAUUAUCUGCGCACCUGGAAAUGUUUGAUAGCAACCUAGUCUUGACUGGGAGUCUGGGAAGUUUGUCCCUCAGUGAUCUGACCCCAUAUGGCGAGCUCUACAGGGAACGUUUCACAACACGUGGAGGGGAGGCUCUAAUAUUCAACAUCCACAGAUAUGGUGUGUCGGAUCCUUACCUGGAGCGUGAAUAUGACAUCAAGGUUUCUCUGCUGAUGGCCUCAGUGCAAUAUGUCCACACUCAACGCUUCCAGGCCGAGGUCGUGGCCUUCAUCCAACACUUCACACAGUUACAGGAUGUGCUUGGCAGGCAAAGGGCCGCGAUGGAGGGCCAAGCUAUACGGGACUGUCCUCAACGGGCAUCCAGGGUUCUGCUAGAUAUCGAAGCUGGCGCCCCGGUCAUAAUCAUCCCAGAAAGCUCGAGUUCAACAAGGGUCAUUGUAGCAAAUCUUGGCCAGCUGAGGCUGAUGAACUGCUUCUUACCUGCUGGGGCCUAUGGCACUUUCUCCUCUCGAGACAAGAAGGAGCCCACACAAAAUGCUGCAGCAUGGUCAGAUGAGCAAAGAUCGCAUAAAGCUUCCCCCAGUAACGCCACUGCUUGGUCCGAUGGCAGCACAUUCCCUGAAAGAGCUCAAGAAAUGUCUGGUAGCCCGAUUGCCUCAGAAGCCCAUGUGUGUCUUUUGGAUUGCAUCACUCUGGACCUUCAUCAAAUGGAUAUAUUUGCUGCGGAGCGUCUGCCCUGCCAACCGAGUGACAGAGGCUGUACCACCUUUGAAAUCUCCGAUGUUAUUUUCCCAUCUUACUUUGUCCGUCGGAUUGGAGGAAACCUGCUGAAAGAAUGCUGCCGCCUGGAGCUUAAAGUGGAGCGUAACCUGGAUAGUGAGCUGAGCCAUGCAGUUCCUGAUAUGACUAUCUAUGGUAGCCUGUCAUCGAUACACUGCUCUCUAGAUCCAGAACACUACCAGCUGAUUCGAGGGCUGCUGGAAAACAAUCUCGGAGAGCCUGUUGAAGAAUUUUUGCGUCCCUUCAACCUCCAGGACCCCAGUACCUAUACGGUGUUAAGUGGAGAUGUCUUCACCAACUUGUCAAUCCUGGUGGAUUUGAUGGAUGUCAGUUUGGAGCUCAUGGACUGCAGUAAAUCACACAAACGCUCACUAGCAAGGUUUAACUUCAUGAAAUCCAAGCUGCUCUUUGAGAGUUUCUCCAAUGGAUCUAAAUCAGUCAAUUUAGUAUCUCACUCGCUGCUUGCAUAUGACACUCGUUGCACUGGGCAUUACCAGAGCACUGGUGCACCUGACAGGACCAGGCAUAAUGUAUUCGACUGCAUUCUCCAACCUUCUAAAACGGGCGCAAACCAGGCUUCUCUGCAACUGGAACUGCAUUACAGAUCAACACGAGACUCGUCCUGUUUCACAGUGGUCCUGAACAAUCUAAGGGUCUUUCUCAUUUUUGACUGGCUCUGGCUCGUGCAGGAAUUCCUGUGGUUGCCAGCAAAAAAGAUGCCAAGAAGUGCAGAGAAUCUCGAGUGUCAGAGUAACGUCGGCACUGACUUUGAAGCAAAUAGUAAUUCCAUCACCACUGGGGCAGUCAUACCAAAGAGGGUCAAGAGUGGUGUGGUCACCAAGAGGUCCACGGUGCCCGUUACCCAUAAUCGUUCCUUAGAGGUGAAGGUCAAUGUUACAGGCACUGAAUUUGUUAUUGUAGAGGACUCAAGCUGUCUGGAUACCAAUGCCAUCAUUCUUAAAGGCACCACUGUUCUCACGUACAAACCCCGUCUGUUGGACAGACCCUUUUCUGGAAAUCUUGCAGGCAUAGAGGUCUUCUCGUGUCGUCUUGGCAGUGAACAGGAGACGGCACUGUCCAUCGUUGAUCCAGUCAACAUUCAGGUGGAGCUGUGUGGGAGCCCCACUUACCAAAGCAGCUCCGGUCUACUCGAUGCCUUCAGUGUGGCGGACAUCCCUCCGCUCCUGGAGAUCCAAUUUCCUGUUCUGGACAUCCGGCUAUCUUAUAAUGAUAUUCAGCUCUUUUUGGCCAUUGCCAGAUCCAUCCCUACUGAAAAUUCACCACCAGUCUCUGACACUGUACCUCUUGAUACACCCAAAGACUCUUACAAGAUGAAAAAUCUUGCCCAUAUAGAGGGGCAGCUGAUGCAUUUGGAAGAUCUUGGCUUUCGGAAAGAGGACUGUAAAAAGGCACUUCUCCUUUGUAAAGGUCGUCUGGAUCAGGCUGCAAUGUGGCUGUUGGAGAAUGCUGACAACAUCGCAGGCCGGUCCAAAGGACAUUCCAGAACUGACUCUGGUUCUUUCAGUCAGGCUUCCGCGCUGUCUGGGAUAGAAGUAAAGGCAGAGAGCAUCUGCAUUUGUUUCAUAGAUGACUGUUUAGACUGUGACAUACCCCUUGCGGAGCUCACCUUUUCCAGGCUGAAUGUGUUGCAGCGUAUUGGUUCCACCCAGGAAGGCAACACUAGCUUUAGUCUUUCGGGAGACUACUACAAUCGAGAACUGUCGGGCUGGGAGCCAUUCAUCGAGCCCUGGCCUUGCUUCCUGACCUGGCAGAAGCAAGAAGCGAGCCGAUUGCAUCCUCCCCGUCUUAAGAUCAGUGUGAGAGCCAAGCAACGGCUUGACGUCAACAUUACGUCUGUCCUAUUGGAGCAGUACAACACAACCAAGACCUCCUGGAUAGCAGACUACUGUAACAAGGAUGAUAGUAGUAGUCAGUCUUCACCCACCUUGUCCUGGAUAGGCUCUUCAGUUGACCCGCCCAGCAAUGGACCAUGCGCUCCCCUGUCCUACCUCAGAACUCGGAGCACAGCCAGCUUGACCUGUUUCGAUCAGCAAACAGACUCGAAAGGUGUUAAGCUUUCUAAGAAGAGGCAGCCAUUUGUGCCAUAUGCUCUGCGCAACCAUACUGGCUGUACCAUGUGGUUUGCCACUCUUACUACGACACCUACAAGGGUGGCUCUCUCUCACAGCAGUAGUGCAGAUUCUAUUGGAGACAUCCACAGUUCAGGCAAUGAUGAUGGGCACAAUGUCAGUCAGUGGAGAGAAGUGUUUCCUGGGGAGGAAAUUCCGUUUGAGUUUGAAGCACGGGAGAAACUUCGCCAUAGGCACACUCAUGAGCUGAAGCUGCACCAGCUGCUUGUACGAGUGUGCGGAUGGGAGCAAGUGAAGCCCGUGUCUGUGGACAAAGUAGGAAUAUUCUUCCGUUAUGCAGCUCCGGAUAGGAACAAUGCAUCCAAUAUUGUUGGCAGUCCUAUCAGCAGGACAAACAUAAUUCAUCCACAUGUAUAUUUCUCAGCACUGCCUCCGGUCAGAGUGGUCUUCUCCAUCACAAUGGAGGGAAGCGCCAGGAAGGUUAUAACUGUGCGCUCAGCCCUCAUUUUGAAGAAUCGCCUCGAUGUUCCUAUGGAGAUCAGACUUGACAGCCCCUCAGCUCCUGACAAACCUGUGGUAUUGGCUCCCAUUUUGCCCAGUCAGGCCUUGGCAGUUCCACUCCAUCUAACAUCAUGGCGACUUCAGGCGCGGCCCAAGGGCUUGGGCUUAUUUUUUUGUAAAGUUCCAAUUCACUGGACCAGCGUUGAGCGGCCCGGAGAGAUCAGCAGCAGCAAGAGGGAUUGCCAGUCAGCAGACUUUGAUGCCACUCUCAAGCGUAACUUCAGGUUUUGUGUGGUCAUAAAAAAAGAAAACUACCCAGACCAGCAACCUGCCAAAAGGGUCUCUAGUACAAAUCAGAUCUAUCGACAGCCAGGUCACACCAUUUAUCUGUUGCCCACCAUGGUGUUGGCCAACCUGUUACCCUGUGACCUCAACUACUACAUGAAAGGGACGGCUAUCAAAGGCUCACUAAAACCAGGAAAAGAAGCUGUGCUUCAUGCUGUGGAUACCUCACAAAACAUGGAACUAGGUAUCCUAUUAGAGAACUUCCCACUGUGUAAAGAGCUCCUCAUUCCUUCAGGAACUCAGAAUUAUGUGGUACGGAUGAGGCUAUAUGACACCAAUAAGCGUCUGCUUUGCCUCACCAUCCGUAUCAUCCUGCGGGCGCACGGGGCAUUCAAGAUCCUGGUUUCUUCCCCGUACUGGCUUAUCAACAAGACAGGCUUGCCAUUGAUUUUCAGACAAGACAAUGGAAAAGUGGAUGCAGCAGGCCAGUUUGAUGAGCAUGAAUUAGCACGAAGCCUCAGUCCAUUAUUGUUCUGCUACACUGACAAAGAACAGCCUGCUAUGUGCACCAUGCGGAUUGGAAGGGGGAUGCAUCCAGAUGGAGUUCCAGGUUGGUGCCAGGGUUUCUCCCUGGAUGGAGGGAGUGGUGUCAGGGCGGUGAAGGUUAUCCAACAGGGUAACAGGCCUGGGCUCAUCUACAACAUUGGGAUUAGUGUGCGCAAUGGAAAAGGACGGUACCGAGACACUCACAUUGUGACCUUUGCCCCCCGUUACUUACUUGAUAACAGCUCCUCGCACAAGCUUGCCUUCGCCCAAAGAGAGUUUGCUCGAGGAAAGGGUACAGUCAACCCAGAGGGUUACAUCUCCACUCUGCCAGGCUCCAGUGUUGUUUUCCACUGGCCCCGAAAUGACUAUGACCAACUGUUGUGUGUGCGCCUCAUGGACACGCCGACAUGCACCUGGUCAGGAGGCUUUGAAGUCAACAAACCCAAGUCCUUCCAUGUCAAUAUGAGAGACACCAUGGGGAAUUGCUUCUUCCUCCGGACAGAGAUAACCAUCAAGGGAGCCACCUACCAGAUCUCCUUUACCGACACUGACCAGCUGCCCCCACCUUUCCGCAUCCACAACAUUUCUGAAGUUCCUAUCCAGUUCUGGCAGCACGGCGUGGUUGACAUCAAGCUGCAGACUGAGGUGAAGGCAGACUCCGAACUGGACUACGCCUGUGAUGAGCAAACACUGCCACCUUACCUGACUCUGACUGUCAAGGGAGCCGGGUCAUCAGAGGUCACGGCUGACAUGAACUUCUUCAGAGAAUACAACAAGCUCUACUAUGAGAAUUUCAUCUACAUUGCGGCCACGCACACCUUCUCAAAGAGUGGUGGAAGGAGACCUGUUGGAAAAAAACAUCUGGUAACUUGUGCAGAGUUGGUUCUUGAUGUGGACACAAAGACGCAGAGGGUCAUCUUGAAAAAGAAGGAGCCUGGUAAGCGUUCCCAGUUGUGGAGGAUGACAGGUACUGGUAUGCUGUGUCAUGAAGGCUCCUCCCCACCCCAGAGCAAGCCCGCCCAGCCACGUCCAUUGGAUUCAUCUUUGGUUUUGGACAUUGCUGGACUUGCAGCUGUUAGUGACAACAGUUUUGAGCCAUUGAUGUUAAGGAGACCGGACCCUCGUCGCAGCACCACCCAGACCUGGUACUUCAGCUCAUGCAUGCUGACCUGUGGCCUGCCCCGGUUGGUUGUACAGGUACGGGGUGGUAUAGAAGGCCUGUACGACGGGUCUGAGGUGGUUUUGGGACCAGACUCGGGGAUUCUGGAGCCUGGCCCUGAGCAGCAGUUUAUCAACCAGAAGAUGAGACCUGGUUCUGGCGUGCUGUCUGUUCAAGUGCUGCCAGAUGGACCUACACGUGUUCUGCAGAUCAGUGACUUCAACCAAAGGAGAAUGAUCCACAAGUCCCCAAGUGCGGAGCCGGACAAGGGCAAAGAGGAGUUGAUGAAGAAAGAGCCUGAACAGGAGCUUGAGGUGUUAGUGAACUUGGAUGAAGGUAUCGGCGUGUCACUGGUUAACAAGGUUCCCGAGGAGCUCGUGUUCACCACACUGUCCGGUAUAGACGUCCACUUCACACGCACUGCUGCCAGUGAGGUGUUGGAACUGAGCAUUCACAACGUUCAGGUGGACAACCAACUCCUAGGGACCACUCAGCCAGUGAUGCUCUGUGUGACUCCAAGUUUCAGUGAUGGCACUGUGAGCGACAGUGGUCCAGCCUUGCAAGUGAACUCGGUCAAAAUUCCCAGUAGUCUCAUGCUCACUGACAUCUUCAAGCACCUCAUGGUAACGGCUGGGCGCUUCACAGUCAUCAUUGAAGAGAAAUUACUGCUCAAGCUGCUCAGCUUUUUGGGGUAUGGGGAGACAGAAGCAGAACUGGAGAAAUUGGAUGAAAACCUUCAUGAGAGGCCCAAUCAGGAUGUCGGACCUCCCAAACGCUACUACUUUGAGAACCUCAAAAUCAGCCUGCCUCAGGUCAAGCUCAGUGUCCUCACCUCUCAUAAACUGCCUGCUGAUCUGAAGGCUUUGAAAGGUACCUUGGGAUUUCCACUGGUUCGUUUUGAGGAUGCUGUCGUCAACAUGUACCCAUUCACUCGAGUCCACCCCUAUGAGACCCAAGAAAUCAUCAUCAAUGAUAUCCUCAAGCAUUUCAGAGAGGAGCUUAUCAGCCAGGCAGCUCAGAUCCUGGGCUCUGUGGACUUUCUUGGAAAUCCAAUCGGACUCCUCAAUGAUGUCUCUGAGGGCGUAUCAGAGCUCAUCAAGUAUGGCAAUGUGGGUGGCCUCAUACGAAAUGUGACACAUGGCGUGUCGAACUCUGCUGCCAAGUUUGCAGGAACUUUAUCUGAUGGUCUGGGGAAAACCAUGGACAACCGGCACCAGACGGAGCGAGAGUACAUCAGAUACCACGGAGCCACCAGUGGCGAACACCUGGUCGCAGGCAUCCAUGGACUAGCUCAUGGUAUCAUAGGGGGCAUGACAAGUAUCAUAACCUCAACUGUGGAAGGAGUCAAGACGGAGGGUGGAGUCAGUGGGUUUUUCUCUGGCCUGGGUAAAGGUCUUGUCGGGACUGUGACCAAACCAGUAGCUGGAGCAUUGGACUUCGCUUCAGAGACGGCACAGACUGUCCGUGAUAUGGCAAGCCUCAGUAACCAUAGGCUAAGCGUGCUCCGUGUCAGGAAACCUCGCUGCUGUAAAGGUCCUCAGGGUCUUCUGCCUCGUUACUCAGCCCUGCAGGCUGACGGCCAGGAGCAGCUCUUCCACCUCACAGACAACAUUCAGUCUGAGUUCUUCAUUGCGGUAGAGCCCAUCGACAGCUACAGUGUGCUCAUCUCCUCCAAAGUGGUCUACUUCCUAAAGCCUGGGGACCAUCUGGACCGAGAAGCAAUUUUCCUGGAGAUCAAGUAUGAUGACCUCUACCACAGUCUGGUGUCUAAGGAUCAUGGGAAAGUGUAUGUGCAGCUCACAAAAAAGGCUGAAAGCACCAGUAGUGGUGUGGCCAUCCCUGGACCCUCCCACCAGAAGCCUAUGGUCCAUGUGAAGAGUGAAACUCUGGCUCUCAAAAUUUCCCAAGAGAUCAACUAUGCCAAGAGUCUCUACUAUGAACAACAGCUGAUGCUGCCUAGCAGUAACAAUGAGGACUGCUUAUUGCUUGAGUCUUGAUCAAAUAUGGAUGAACCUCCCUCAAAUGAAGACGUUUAAUCUGCUAUGCGAUUGAGAGGCGCCGAGGCAAUAGUGUACCUUGUAUUAUCUCAAGAGUGAGCUGGUAAAGGCUCCACCUCACUUGCUCCCCUAAUGAGCACUGAUGAAUUUAUAAUACUUAAUCAACCACAGAGAAUAGGGGAUAUUCGGAGAGCUAUCAACUUUUUUUCAGUCACAUGCCCUCAUAUCAUCCAGAGCACUUAUGAAUUACUAAGUUUUCAUUUCAGUUGUGUAUUUUUGUUUCUUUCAUUGACUGUUUAUAGCACGUGAUGUAAAUAUCCUGCAGGUCUUCCACAAUGUUUGUGAAUAGGUAUAAAUGUAAAUACAAAGAUAUGGAAAGAGAUGUGAAAUACAACAAGCUUUGUGUGUAAUAUUUUGUGUGUUGUUUGGAAUCUAAAUUGCAGUGACGCGUUUUAAAAUGCGAUACGCCCAUCCCCGUUUCACUUUGGAGCUGCCUUCCACUCUCUAUGCCAUGUACCACUUGAAACGGUCAGUUUUGAUGAUUCAGUAGGAUCAUUGUUUGUUCCUCUUUGCUGCAUCUAUGAUUUCCUCAUUAACAAAUGUCUAAGGUGUUUGCUUCAUAUCACUGAAGCGUCCUCAGGACUUUUAAAUUUUGGGUUGGUGUCGAAUAGGAUUUUCUCAAGGUCAGUUUGAGUGCCUGAGCGGCCUAUCGUGUGACGUUGAAGGUUUUUUGUAAUGCUUUCACAUGGACAAAUGCAAAUAAAGGGCCCCCGAGUUAA